UGUCCGUGCGCCGGCGGCGUAUAAAAAGCAGGCGUGGACAGAAGAGGAGUCCGAGGGAGGAGCACGCGGUCAGGAUGAGGGCGCUGUUGUUGCUGUGUGUGCUCUUGGGAGGGGCCCGUGCUGGGCCGCUCGACGUCAUCCGGGGGAGCGCCCAGCGCAGGAAAGCGUCCCUUCUCAACCCGCAGCUAGAGGGCGUCGUUCCCGACCGGGUUCCGGCUCCGGCCCCGCCCGUAGGUCCGGACGGCCCCGCCGACCUGCUGCAGCGGGAGGCCCUGCCAUCCGACUUCCUGUUCGGCGACAACGUCAACCUGGAGUGGCGGCCGUGGAACGGCUCGCUGCCCGACGGCGCGGUGGCGAUCUACAACGGCUACACGGAGCGCACCGACUACGUGUGCAUGUACAAGUGCGAGGCGGGCUUCUACAACGCCGCCCUGGGGCCCUACUGCCGCUACCCCUACGGGGACGCCGAGUAUUACGCCCGCGAGUUCCACGUGCUGGCCAACAGGGACAACUUUGAGUUCCUGGAGUGGAAGGAAGGCUCGUACGGUUCGGUGCCGCCGCACUCGGUGCGCACGUGCCUUGGCGUCGGCAUCUUUGUGGGCAGGAACAAGUACGGCCUGGGCAAGGUGGUGCCGCAGUUCGAGGCCUUCUUCCUGCCGUGGGAGGGCGACGAGUACUGGUACAAGAAGUACCAGGUCUUGACCAUCAACCGGGACGCGUACACGCAGCACAUCUCCCACGUGCGCUACGACCUGGACCGGGUGGCCAUCUUCCAGUACCCGCCCGAGACCAUACAGGUCUCCGCCGUCACCAACAACGAGUGCCAGGCGGUGAGCAAGACGGUGACCAUCUCCAAGACCAGCGAGAAAGAGACGACGUGGCACAUCGGGCGGGCCACCAUGCUGGGCAUCACCGGCAGCAUCACGGCCAAGAUCCCGCUGAUCGGCUCGGGCGGUCUGGAGCUGAGCGGCGAGAAGACGCUGCGGUUCUCCCGCGGGACCACCCUGGUGGAGGCCCUCUCGCACUCAGUGUCGGUGGAGCUGACGGUGCCGCCCAACCACUGGUGCCGCGUGCGAAUGGAGGGCCGCAAGGUGAAGGCCGACGUCCCGUACACGGCCCGCCUCAGCCGCACGUACCCCAACGGCGAAACGCAGUGGACGUCCGUGUCGGGCACCUACGACGGCGUCCAGAUCGGAGAGGUGCGCGCCGUGGUGGACCGCUGCCGCCCCGUGGAAGACGCGCCGCCCUGCCCGUCGCCGUGACGACCGGGAUGUCAUCGUGUCCGUCGCCGGCUUCAUCGUUGCCAAUAAAGAUUUGACUCAAA